AUGGUGCAGCUGCGACAGCGAAGUCGCCGUCAGCUCGUCAAACUGGUGCUUGCAGUGUCCUGGGCGCUCCUGGCACUUGCACUUCAAACCUCAGGCUCGACUGAAAUCACGACCUUCCUUGCCGAUCAGGCUAAGGCCAUGCAAAGGGCGCAUGGGCAGCUGGAAGCCGCCGCAUCGAAGUUGGGCCGCCCUCCGAGGAAGGUGACUCUAAAGGAGUUCCUUCUGGAUCCGAGCUUCGUGCCACCGUUGGUGGAGUACACCGUUGAAGAGACGGACGGGCUGCACCAUGCAAGAGUGGCAAUCGGCGGAACUUUUCAUGCAGGUGCACCUUCAUCUUCGCGCGAGGAGGCGGAGCUGAGUGCGGCUUUGGUGGCCCUGCGCUCGCUUCGAGCGAACAACCGCGACGAGGUGAAGCGCGGACACCAGGAGGCCAUCUUCCGCGUGCCACGUGGGCACAACCUGCGGGUGACGACAAACAGAGUCACUGGGGGCAAACAUGCCUCGAAUUUGAAGUGGAUUCAGCAGAACAGCGGAGCGGAGGUUUCGCUCCUGGGUGGGCAAGGCACUGGCAAGCCGCUCUCGGUGAAAGUCUCGGGAGAGGCAACAAGCUGCAAGAUUGCUUCCGCAAUGGUCCACGACCUGCUGGCCUUGCUGCCUGCCAAUGUGCAGACGGGGCGCCAGCAGAGACGGAAGUCUCCUCAGGGAUUUGCUCCGAUGUGA